AUGGCUGAAACAAAGCUCCCCGAUACCAUUUCAAGUUUCGGUGAAUUUCUACGCAGCUCUGUAGAUGGUCCCGGGACGAAUGCUUUGUUUGGCUCAAAUUUAUGGAACACAAGGAACUAUUCGACCCUGACACCAUUGUAUCUCAUCAUUUCACUAUGGAUUAUCUACAGUACUGGUCUUGCAGCAUAUCGAUUAACAUUAUCUCCCAUCGCCAAGAUACCGGGACCAAAGAUAGCAGCUGUGACAUUUUGGUAUGAGAUGUAUUACGACAUUUGGCUUGGAGGGACAUAUUACCGAAAGAUCGACGAGAUGCAUAAGAAAUAUGGCCCUAUUGUCCGUAUCAAUCCCUAUGAAGUUCACUUAAAUGACCCGGAUUUUAUCGAUUCUGUCUUUCCUGGACCUGGGAGACAAACUGACAAAUAUUUCUUCACUGGUAGAAGAACAGGAACUCAAAACUCCAUCGUUGCAACCAUCGAUCAUGAUAUGCACCGCAAAAGACGCAACACAAUCACUAAUUUCUUUUCAAAUGCUAGUAUUCGUAGACUAGAGCCUGUCAUGAAAGAACACAUCAAUACUCUUCUAUCUAGAAUGCAAGGUGCUGGAACGAAGGAGCAAGUCUUACCAAUGCAUUUUGUGUUCCGGGCUUGUACCAGCGAUCUUAUCACUCAGUAUGCUUUUGGAGAAUCUUUCCAUUUCUUAGAACAGGAAGAUUUUUCCAUGCCUUACAUGGAAUCUACCGAUGUUUUCUUUAAACUCAAUCAUACCUUCUGUCACUUUCCCUGGGUUGGUACGUUGCUCGCAUCGGCACCACCUUGGGCUAUCAAAACCUUUAUUCCAUCUUUGACCGAAAUGUGGGAUAAGGCAGCUAUGUGGAUAGAACGUGUCGAUGAAGUUAGAAAUUCUCCAAAUCCUGAAAAAAUCAAGACUACGAUUUUUGAAGGCGUAUUGAGUAGUAAACUUCCCGAUGAGGAAAAGACCAAUCUGAGGCUAGCACAUGAAGCACAGUUGGUUGUAUUUGCAGGAGAAGGUACAACAGCCUAUACGCUUCAAUCUGCUCUCUUUCAGCUACUCGCCAAUCCCAAGGAAUUUGAGAAGGUAAAGGAAGAGAUAAAUGCAGCUAUUCCAAAUUCAGAUAGCCUCCCAUCUUUCUCUGAGGUGGAAAGCCUACCAUACCUGAACGCAGUGAUUCAAGAGACAAUUCGCAUUCAUCCCGGCGUUGUCUCACGCUUGCCACGAGUCUCUCCCAAAACUCCGACUUUGUACCAUGACAAGAAAAACGACAAAGAUUAUAUCAUUCCAGCCGGUACCUCGACGAACAUGACUGCUCAAAUUGCACACAUGAAUGCAGAUGUUUUUGAAAAUCCAUACGAGUUUAGUCCACAGAGGUGGAUUGACAAUCCAAGACUCGACAAGGCCUUUAUUGGUUUUGCUCGAGGUACGAGGAAUUGCAUUGGAAUGAACUUUGCACGUCUCGAAAUGUCCCUAGUUCUUGCGGCUAUUAUUCAGAAGUAUGAGAUUUAUCGCGGACAAGACGGACCGACGUUGGAGCUAUUUGACACGCUCCGUGAAAGAGACAUUGAUUUAAAUCACGAUUAUAUUAUACCUUUCCCCGCAAAAGGCAGUCCAGGCUUACGCGUUAAGAUAAGAAAUUAG